GACACAAUUUAAAACAUCAACUAUUUUAAUCUUUAAACCGAAUGACUUUUGUCUUAAAAAAUCAAUUUAAACUGAACCGCAAACACUCCUACCGUGGCACAACAAUAUAUACAUAUUCCAACAACUAACUUUGUAGAAGUGUUUGAUUCCAAUAUUCCACAUGGAUCCAAUUGGUUUCUUCCUUCUUCUGACAUCCCUGUUAUUCAGUUACCCAUUUGUUCUCAUUGCUCAAUCUCCCACAACCACAACAACUAUCAGUGUUGUAGGAUUUGUUUAUUGUGAUACCUGCUCAACUGGCACUUUCUCUAAACACAGUUACUUCUUACCAGAUUGCAGAUUUAGAGCAACCUCGCCAAAAACCAAUGAGCAGAUAAGUUUUUCAGUUAACAGAACAACAGACAGAGAGGGAGCAUACAAGUUAGAUGUAGCAUCAGUGGAUGGAAUAAACUGUGAAAGUGGCGUGGAGGAUGAUAAUUCACAGAUUGUGUCUCUCUGUGAAGCAAGCUUGAUAGGGACUUCAUCAUCUUCUUAUUCUUGUAAUGUUCCUUUCUUAAAGAGCACAAGAAGUAGCGAGGUAUCAAAAGAGGAAAAUAACCUAUGUAUAUACAGCUUGGGAGCUCUCAGUUACAAGCCACCUGAAGAUAUGAUCAAUACUACCUUAUGCUCAAAUUAAUUCAUUUGUUCCGAUCUCAAGUCCGCCACACUAUAUAUAUAUAUUGUCUUCUUUAGGUAUUACGGGAACCUUUACAAGUGCGCCUUAGUUAAAAAGAUGUUGUUGAAGAGAGUGUGUUUAUAAUCUCAAUUUCUGAGUGAUGUGAUAUUUUUUGGUGUACCAGAACAAAAUUCAUUCUAGCACAUCCCUUUCUUUUUCUUUUCUUGGAUUUGAGUUUGUUCUGAUAUCAAGUCUAGUCUACUAAACAGAUAUUCAAAAAUAUUAUCGGUUUUAGAUUUUAUAUAAACCUUCACAAUUUGGUCUUGGAUUUAUAAAUUACUCAUAAUCUCGAUUUCUUUUGAGUAAUUUAUGUGGUCAUAAUUUUUGGUGUACCAGAGCAAAAUUCAUUCUAGCUAGCAGCUCUCUUUAUCUUCCAUUCCAUUUAGGAUUAGGUGACCCUUCUCUUCCUCUUACUCAAUAAAUAUAUCCUUAUCCUACUACACUACACUACACUACCCUCACUAAUUAAGUCCCUUUUAUUUUAGUGGAUCCCACUACUUGGAUACCUUGUGUGUGUGUGUGUAAUGUAAUGUAUUUCUAUCUCGGCCAUCAUCUAUACAAUACUAAACCAAAUCCACACACUCUCAUGUCUCAUCUCUUCCUUUUUCAUUUUCUUUUUAUUCUUGUCAUCAUAAUUAUUUAAUAUUUAUAUAUUGAAACACCUAGCUAGCUAGCAGUUCCGUUUUAUCAA